AUGCCUUCUUUUAUGAUUUGUGAUAUUCUUGAGCAGGAACCAAGCAUCAGGAGUUCUAUAAGUCAAGAUGGAGGAGAUUCGGAGACAUUCGAUUGGGGAAGUCCCUCGACAUUAAGGGAUCACUCACCGAUUGACCUUUGUACUCGUUUGCCUUUCCCCGUCUCUCCUUGGCUCUCGACCCCACAAAUUAAUUUCGAUAAUCGAAUUGUACAACAAGACUCCAGUCAAAAGGAUGACAGUACACUGACCUCGGGAGAUGCAUACCAAUGUCUUUUUGGAUCUGACGAUCUAUACAACAUUCGGCAAUCCUCAACUUUGAACAUCCAAAACAGUGGAAUAAAAGGUGGAGGCAUGAUAACUACAAGUGAAGGAAGUAGUCUCAACGAUGACGGUGGUAUUGGAAAAUGCAAGAAAACUCGUAAAGCUCGAACCGCUUUUUCCGAUCAUCAGCUUAAUGAAUUGGAGAGAACCUUCGAAAGACAGAAGUACCUCUCUGUUCAAGAUCGCAUGCAACUAGCCGAGAAAUUGCAUCUUUCUGAUAUGCAAGUUAAAACUUGGUAUCAAAAUAGACGGACCAAGUGGAAACGGCAAGCAAGUGUGGGCAUGGAACUACUCACAGAGGCUACUAAUAAUGUAAAUCGAUUUUUUCAAAAUCAAAAUCAGCCAUCGAGGUUAGUAGAUGAGCGCACCAAUCAACGCCAGGGUUUACUGGAGCCCCUUACAGCACUUAUGAUGAGGGCAUCUUUAGAAGGAGUUGAGCAACCCCCUCACGAAUUUAUCUCGCUCUUCUCAAACCCAAACACACCCAAUCGUUCUCUUGACCUUGAUUUAUUGAAGUGCAUUCCUCCUCCCCCACUAGCAUUGCAAAUUCAAAUGCCUCCUAGGAGUAUAGCUUCUUCCACUGUAAACAAGGCCUUCGAUCAUUUCACAGGCCGAUAA